AUGCAAAUCCAUAAAUAAGAAAUAAGAUUGCGAAAGCAAAGAGAAAAGACUAAUCAAGGAAAAGGUGAAGCGAAAUAAUUGUUAGUUUAGAGCAGCAUUGACGAUGAGUUCGAAGAGAUAGAGAAAGAUGAAGACAAUUUCUAAUUCCGUAAACAAGAAGACGACGAUCAAUUGUCCUUUAUAGCUGAUCUACUGCAAUCUAGGCAAAUUAGCGGUGGGGUGUCAAGAAGUGUCUCCCCCUAAAUGAAAUUCAGAUUUACACUGGAUGACCUGCACGAAAACCCUAUGCCCUUGAUAAAAGAAGGGAUGUCUUUGGAACCUGAUAUGGCUUUCGGUUGGAAGCCUCAAAUCGAUUGUCAAAGUCCCCCUAUCCCUCUGUAUUUUGACUUUGUUGAUCAUCCUCUGCAUUUGUACUCACUUGAAAAAGGAAAGGACAUCCUUAUUUAUCAGGAGAAAAGGCCUAAGGAUUCCUUCUAGGUGCACAAGCAAUUUUCCAACAAAUGGCUAACUUAAUUUCAUGUUUAAGAGGUAAUGCAAAACGAUCUCAGUAUGGGAGAAUUUUAUGAUAAGAAAAGCUUCAUGUCAAGUUGUCUGGGGCAGAGUUAUUAGUUUAAGUUCCCCAAGAACUAUGAGCAUGGAAAGUUUAAAUACGACAAGAUAUUGAGCGACAUCUUUGGAGAUUAUCAAUCAGACACAGCUAUUAUUAACACUGGAAUGGGUUCAAGUUUCAUAGAUUACAAGGAAUUUCAGUUUAUUGGCAUGAAUCCAAAGGUUCUCAGAAAAAAUGAAUAACAUAAAUAUGAUGUAAAAUUAUCGCCCUUGGAAUGUCUAGUUUUCAAUUCAGCGUUUGAAAGCGGAAAUUUAGAUCUUGCUUUCAAGACUAAAGAAGGGGAAUACGAUCUAUUUCUGAGGCCAGAUUCUAAUUCUAUUGGGAAGUUUCAAUGGUAUUAUUUCAAGGUUCAAAAUAGAUUGAAGGGGACUAGAGUCAAGUUUAACAUUGUAAACAUGAAUAAGAGAAAUUCAUUGUAUCUCUAAGGUCUCUAAAUAAGUAUAAUGAGUUUAUAAAAAUCUAGACAGACUGGCCAAGGCUGGUAUAAAGGAGGAGAAAACAUCAAGUAUUGCUAUAGUAAGGUUAAUAGAGAUAUUUCAUUCAAUUAAGGCACUUAAAAUGGAGCUGGAAGUGAGCCUCAAACUUCUGUACCUAGACAUAAGCCUUAAAUAACCUAUUAUGAACUAUCUUUCGAUUUUGAAUUUGAAUUUGAUGCUGAUGAAGUUUCAUUUGCUUUCUCAACCCCAUACACAUUUUCAAUGCUUUUAAACUUUUUAAAUCACUCCUUUGAGGUCCAAAGGCUGAAUGUCCUCUAGAAUAAAUCUGACGAUUUUAAGAUAUUUGAUUAUAACUUUUAUACAAAGACACUAGGAGGGAUAGACAUUCCUCUUGUUACAAUAACUAAUCAUCUUGAAAAGUUUAACAAAGAUAUUGCUAGCAAUAUUUAGCAAUCUUAAACAAAUGAUAAGUAAUAUGUCUUCAUUAUAUCUAGAGUCCACCCAGGUGAGACUAAUUCCUCAUAUCUGAUUCAUGGUAUUAUUCAGUACCUUUUAAGCAAGGAUAAGAUAGCAAAUUACUUGAGAGACAAUUUGGUAUUCAAGAUCAUACCUAUGAUUAAUCCCGAUGGAGUUGUAGUUGGGAAUAAUAGAACUUCAUUUCUUGGUCGCGAUAUGAAUAGGUCAUAUGAUAAUCCUAGUGAAUAGCUAAAUCCAGAAACAUUCUCAGUCAAAUAAAUCAUAAAUGAUAUUAUAAAGCAGCAAAAGCUAGAUAAGUAUAUGUACGGUGGCUCUAAAAUCCUUGCAAUAUUUGAUAUUCAUUAGCAUUCUGGAAGGAAGUCUAUAUUUAUGUAUGCUCCCUACUAUCCACUUCACUCAAGGAAGUAUCUCAAAAUUAGAAUUAUGCCAAAGCUUCUUUCAGAGAGAUCAGAAAUGUUCAGAUAUUUCUCAUGCAAAUUCAGAUUUGAGCAGUAUAAAUAAGGAUGUGCAAGAUAGGCGCUCUGGAAUGCUUUCAACAUUCAAAAUUGCUACACAAUUGAAUGUAGUGCUCUGGGCUACUAUAAUAAGGACAGAGAGACGAAUUAAUUUGAUGAGUUAAACUUGAGGGAGUUCGGUGUUCACUUUUCUCACUCACUUUUCGAAUACUGCAUGAUCUAAGAAUAGGAAAGAUUAACGAGAAUUGAGCUGGCAAAGUAGAUAUAAUUGAAGAGGAAGCAAGCAAAAAAGACAAUAAGAGACAUUAUCGGUAUAAAAAUCAAUUAAAAACAAUAACAGUCAUAGAUUCAAGUAAAAGUAAUAGACUUAGAAGAAAAUAAUGACUCUGACUCUGAAGAAUCUGAAUAGUAAACUUCAUCUGAAGAAGAAAUCAAAGCAAACCAGGAAGAAACUAAAGCGAAAACAAACUCAUAAGUUUUGAGAUCUUAAAACUCACUAAACGACCCUAAAGAAGAACAAAAGAUCAUUAAUAAACUUAAAAUACUUGACAAGCUAGACUUCAAGAGCUCUAAGUUGAGGUUAAAUAGUAAUUCCAGCAACACAUCUCACAGACCUGCUAAGCAGAGCUAGAAUAAUAUUAAAAAGUCAAAAUUUAUCAAUAAAAGUUCCAUUAGAGACAGUUUAAGGAAUUCAUCGAGCUAAUGCCAAGAAAAUGUAUAGCAAUAAAACGCUUCAAUAAUCAUUGAAAAUAAUCCUAAUGAAGCGAUAUAGAUAGAAACUCUUAGUUCUGACGAGGACUACAUGAAUGACUAUGGAUUAGAAGAUGACAACUGGUUUGGACUCUAAAAUCUUGAUAUUAGGUAUAAAAAGAACUCUGAUAAAGAUGUUGUGGCUGCUAUGAAACCAAAGCUUGAUUAGCAUGAAAGAAUAAUAGAGAGAAAUAAGAAAAUUUAGGAGGAGAAGUUGAAAGAGAGAGUGUUUGGAUUUAAUACUAUAAACUCUGAAGUGCUUUUCAUGAGACUCUACAAUCCUCAUUUCAAAGAGUGGAAGGCUAAAUAUGAUGAAUUUAAGCAAAAAGAUAAAUCGUAGAGUCAAAGCAAACAAAAUAUGCACUCACAGAGGAAUGAAUUCUUUAACAAAUAGGUGAGAACUCUUGAUGAGUUAUUUGGGCUAAUCAAGAAAGAUGCUUAAAAAGAAGAGGAAGAAAAAGAUUUAUCAUUUGAAAAUAAUCUUUUGCAUCAUGACUAAAAAUAAAACUUAGAUGAUUUGGAGAAAACUCAGGUGUUAAGCAAUGAAAAGAAAGUAAUUUAAAGGAGACAAAUUUUACUUAAUCAAGGAUUGAAUAGUGCCUCUGAAUAGAGACAGACGGAAUCCUUGCCUAAAUAAAAGCUGCCAAACAAAUUUCCGGACUUAAUAAACCUAGAUCAGCAAGUCCUUGGCAGAACCCAAAAAUAAUAUCGAAUUUAAGAGUAAAAUAGAAGCAACCCCAACAAUAGAUCACAAGGGAGUGCUAAUAUGAAUUCUAACAACAGGACAUAAUUUUCAAGUCAAGUCUCCUAAGAAAAUAUGUCCAAAGUAUAAAAAAUCAUUUCAAAUGGAAGGAACCUUCCAUUUAGUGAGAACUAGAAUCAGUCUUAAAAGCUAUAACAGGCAAAUAUCUACGAGCUAAUAUUUGAGUAAAAGAGGAAGCUUCAAUAGAUCAGAGAAAAGCGCAAGAAGAGUUAAAUUCAAGAUUUCUCAUAGCUCUAGAUCAUUAAUUCUGCAGGAGUGACUCAUCAAGAUCAAUCUAAUAUUAGUCUUCCAAGUUUUAACCAAAGCAAUUUAACUCAAGCCAAAAAGGAUAAGCUUUUACAGAAACUUAAAAAGAUAAAACAAAAGUAGAACAACUUCACCUAAUCAUAACCCUAAGUCGAAGCUAAAAAGCCUGUAAUCACUAGGCCUACUACAUAAAUGAGCUAAACAUUUUAUAACGGAGGAAUGAAAGCAAUGAAAAGAAGGAACUGUAGUCUUAAAAAUAACAGUGAUGGGUCUGAUCAGGCAUUUAUGAUAAAUCGUAGAAAUAUUUAGAACAAAACCCUCAACUCAUUUAUUCAUCAGAUCUCACCCGUGAAGAACUCAAAUGAUGUCAAAAUAACACAGAAGUCUUUAGAAGGAGCUAGGAGCCUUGUGGAUUAGCCUCGCUGUGGAACUGCAGUACCUACUAUAAACAAGUCUGUCAAAUUAGAAAGAAGAUUGAAUAGAUAACUUAAAGAGAAAUAAAUUCAGUAGGAAUCAGAGGAGAGUCAAAGUCCUUAUCAAAAUAUGAAAAGAAGUAAAAAGGAUGGGGAAUACAUCACUAUAUCAGAUAUUAUUGAUAAAAAUUCACAAGUGAAUCACAACUCUUAGCCUAUACCUAAUUUACCCCCUGCCCAUAAGACAUCUGACUAAAACUCUUACAGAGCUUAUAGCCCAAUAGACCAUAAAAAUACAGUGAAUAACAGCAAUAAUAGCAAUAUGUAUUAAUUCAACAACUUUAGCAUCACUGUCAAAAUUGAUAAAAAGUAAAAACAAGCAGAAAAAGUUCCUAUAGCUAAUCAUAACACUAAUCCCACCAAAGUAAAUGAAGACAAUAAUUCACCUAACAUAAAAUUAAAAUCUAUUGAUAAGGAUAAUGAAUCGAUUGAAAACUUUCCCUAAUUAUCCAUUAACUAUGUGCAAUCAAGUCCUUUUUCUUCAAAGUUUCAGAAUGAUUCAUUAGAAGUAGCGAAUAAAUUGUCUUUGAGUCCAGAUAGAAUUAGAUCAAAAUUGAACACGGCUUUAAAUUUUUCAUCUCAGAUACAAAUACCUGAUAGAAUAUCCACAUCCUCACAAAAUACCAAGAAUUAAAGGUUCAAUUAAGACCUAGUAAUGGAUAAGCUAUCAAGUAGCAGGAAUAAUAUUAGGCCCCCUGGAGGCUACUCGAGCUAUAGUAAGCAGAAUUAUGACUUUUAAGAAGAAUUAGCCAUCAAUUUAAAGAGAGACAUUAAGAUUGAUACGCUAAAGUCUAUCUUCAACUAAUCUUAAGAACCUAGGAAUAAAGUAAGAGGAGAGCUAUCUGUAAAUAAGAGUUUAAAUGCAGAGGAGAUUAUUAAAUUAUAAUGA